AUGGGCGCUUCUGGCAACAAUUUGCUCCAAGUUGUCCUAAAAAACUUCGACGUUCUUGCUCUGCCUUUGGUGACCCUCGUUUAUCCUCUAUAUGCUUCAAUCAAGGCCAUUGAGACCAAGUCUAGUGUUGAUGACCAACAAUGGCUUACAUAUUGGGUUCUCUACUCUUUGAUCACACUCUUCGAGCUUACGUUUGCCAAAGCUCUUGAACUGCUUCCAAUUUGGCCUUAUGCGAAGUUGAUACUGAGUUGUUGGUUGGUUCUUCCUCACUUUAAUGGAGCAGCCCAUGUUUAUAGACACUAUCUUAGACCAUUCUACAUGAAUCCACAACUGCCACAAAUGCCGCAAAUACCAGGAACUUCUCAAAUGUGGUAUGUUCCGCGGAAGAACAUAUUUAGUAAACAAGAUGAUGUUCUUACUGCUGCAGAGAGAUACAUGCAAGAACACGGAACUGAAGCAUUCGAAAGACUCAUUACCAAGACUGACAGAGAAGCCAGAGCAAGGAGGAGCGGAAACUACAUGAUCUUUGAUGAUGAUUAUAGAUAUUAA